UGGACCAACAGGAGGAGCGGGGCUGCCCGGUGUAGGCCUAGUGGUCCGGUGUAGGCCUUACCGGGUUAAUCCCGGUUGUUGGGGGUCCCGGUUCCCCUAUAGGCCAUAAUGGGAUGGGGGGGGUCCCAACCGAUCCCUUCUGCCCCCAUAGGCCCGGCCCAUCCCCCAGCUGGAGCCAUAUAAUUGCCCGGCGCUUUGUAGUGCGGUGUCUAUGGCCGCGGGGCCUCCAUUAGUGGGAACUCGCCUCCCUUCUAAUUACCGGCCCGUGUUAAUUACACACACCGGCACCGAACCCCCCCACACACACACGGUACCGGUACCGACCCAGCCUGGGGGUCCUGGGAGCAGCGCGGCCCAUAGACACAAUGAGGUUUGAAUCAUCAUCCCGGGCUGUCAGCUCAUGGCAGGGCAGGGGAGGCCGAGUCGUGCUGCAGAGGUUGAAUCCCGACAGCAGUUCCUGCUCAGGUCUGUCUGCGCCCCCGCCCGCUCCGCCGCCCGGCAAUGCUCACGGCUGUUUGCGGCUCUCUUGGGAACCAAUCCUCCGACGCUCCCCGCUCCUCGCCGACCCCCCUGGACCUGCAGCCCUUGCAGCCCUUCCAACCCCCCCCACCGGGCUCCGACUUCUCCUCUCCGCUUCCCCCCCCGGAGCUGCCGCUGCCGGGUCCCGACGUCUCCUUCGCCGCUCCCGGCUCUUACGACCCCCAUGGCCCCCCGCGGAUAGAGCUGCCCCCCGACGGCCCCGCCGCACCCGGUUCUUACGCCAAACUGCUGCAGGCGACCCCCCCGGACAUGGCGCAUCCCUACGAGCCCUGGUUUCGCCCCCCCCACCCCGCUCCGUCCGGAGAUGAGGGGGGGGUCAAUUGGUGGGACCUCCACGCCGGGGCCAGUUGGAUGGAGCUGCCCCACACUCAGGGGGGGCUCCAAGUACCCGCCCCCCCCGGCCUCCAACCUCCUUUAGGGGGGUACGGAGGGAACGAAGCGCAGCUCUGCGCUCCCCCCCCCCACCUGCUGCCCCCCACCCAGCACCUGCUGGGGCCGGAGGGAGCCAAGGCGUUGGAGGGACCCCCCCAACCCGAAGCGGAGGGAGGCGGCCGGGCCAAGGGGGGGGGUCGCCGGGCUGUGCCUCGGGGGGGGGGUCAGGCGGCGUGUCGAUGUCCCAACUGCCAGGAAGCGGAGAGGGGGGGGCCGUGCCCAGAGGGAUCGAAGCGCAAACACCUUCACAGCUGCCACAUCCCGGGCUGCGGCAAGGUGUACGGCAAGACGUCGCACCUGAAGGCGCACCUGCGCUGGCACACGGGCGAGCGGCCCUUCGUCUGCAACUGGCUCUUCUGCGGGAAGCGCUUCACCCGCUCCGACGAGCUGCAGCGGCACCUGCGGACUCACACGGGCGAGAAGCGCUUCGCCUGCCCCGUCUGCGGCAAGCGCUUCAUGCGCAGCGACCACCUGGGGAAACACAUGAAGACCCACGACGGCAACAAAGAGAGCGGAGAAACCGACGGCAAAGGGAGCAACGAGCCGCCGGGGGGCAAAGGGGGCAAACGGGAGCCCGAGGGGGGCACGGCCAACCCCACAAACUGAGCGGGGGGUGAGGAUGGGGGACGAGGGUUGUGGGGGGGGGGCGACCCUCGGGGCUGGUCUCCGGGGUUGGGUGCUGCUGUUCGGUGCCGCUCGGUGCCGCUCGGUGUCCCUAUGGGAGCGGCGAUGCCCGAGGGCGGUUUCGUUCGCCCCCCCCCCCCCCUAUAAUAACUCCGGUUCCCAAUGGUAUUUUGGGAGCUGCUGGCAGGCGGCUCGGGAGGAACAUCAAUGAGAACCGAAAAGCCGGAGCUGCCCAAACACGUCCGGCCGAAAGGGGCGGAAGGAGAAAAGAGAGAGAAAACCCCGACCCUCCGACCUGGAGCGGGGCUGCAGCCCCUCCCGUGCACCCCCCACCCUAAAAAGCUCCGGGGUCCCCACGACCCGCUGUGUUUCAGCCCCCCCCCUCAAUUCCCCCCCACUCAUGGGCUGUGUGGGGCUGGGGGUCUCAUAGCCCACCUGUUGGGGGUUCG